CUUGACUGAGUCCUUCUGGUAAUCCCAGAAUAUAAGUUAAUUUAUCUAAUUAGUUCAUAAUUAGAUUUAAUAUCCUGUCGAAAUGUCACUUAUAAAAGAAUGAAGAUUUCACAAAUUCAUUCAAACGAAAAGCGGUGUCAAAGCCGUAAACAAUAUUCACAAAAAACCUUCACUUAAGUGUAUCGUCCUUAUUUUAUUUAAAUUUAUAUUUCGGAUAUGAAAAGUUAGUAAUUCAUGUUUUUAUUUUGUGCUCUAAUAUAAAAACAUAAACAAUCGCCGCAAACAUGGACAACUACGGUUACCCUGAAUUCAAAAGAUUCAACGACAGGAGGAAUAUUUCCCUGGCCGAAAGUGUGCCAGCGGAAAUAUUCCACAUGAUCGACAGCUAUUGGUAUCAAUAUCCGCCAAUGGAACCCAUGUGGUUUGGUAUCAUUGGUUUUGUGAUAUCAGUGCUCGGUGUAAUGUCGUUAACGGGUAAUUUUGUUGUGAUUUAUGUUUUUACAUCGGCGAAAACUCUUCGAACUCCAUCAAAUUUGUUUGUUGUCAACUUGGCUGUAUCGGAUUUCUGCAUGAUGUUUACAAUGUUUCCACCAGUUGUUUUGAAUGGAUUCUAUGGAACUUGGAUAUUGGGACCGUUUUUGUGUGAAUUAUAUGGACUUUUUGGAUCGCUGUUUGGUUGUGUUUCGAUAUGGACUAUGACAAUGAUUGCUUUGGAUCGAUACAAUGUUAUUGUUAAGGGUAUCACAAAGGCUCCAUUGAAUAUUAAAGGUGCAAUUCUAAGGUUGGCGUUUAUAUGGACCGUUUGUGGAUGCUGGGCUGUUGUGCCAUUGUUUGGAUGGAAUCGAUAUGUUCCUGAAGGAAACAUGACUGCAUGCGGAACUGACUACUUUGCUAAGGAUUGGUUUAAUAGGUCGUACAUUCUGGUUUACUCAACAUGGGCCUAUGCUAUCCCAUUGACACUCAUCAUUUACUCUUACUAUCAUAUCUUGAAGGCUGUCCGAGUUCAUGAAGCUGCUAUGCGCGAACAAGCUAAGAAAAUGAAUGUCCAAUCUCUUCGUAAUGAAGGUGACAAAGCGAAAUCUGUUGAAAUUAAGCUUGCCAAAGUAGCUUUGUGUACAAUUGCAUUGUGGUUUGUUGCAUGGACACCCUAUUCGAUUAUCAACUACGCAGGAAUCUUCAAUUCAUUGAGUUUAUCACCUUUGAGCACUAUUUGCGGAUCAGUGUUUGCAAAGGCAAAUUCUGUUUGCAAUCCAAUUGUUUAUGGAUUAAGUCAUCCAAAAUACAAACAAGUACUUAGAGAAAAAAUGCCAUGGCUGAUUUGCGCAGAUCCACCAAGUACUGCUCAAGAUACCAAGACUCAGGCAACUACGGAAAUGACAGAAAGUACAGCUUAAUUUUGAUUAUUUUUAAUAAUAAUAAUCAAUUGUUUAAGUUUAAGUAAUUUAAAUUAGGUAUAUUGUUCCACUUAUAUAUAGAUAAUAAAA